ACCACAGUCAUCAGUGUGCGCCAGGAAAAGAAGGUCUUGGAUGAUCUGAACCAGGGUACUCAACUGCUUCCCCUCCUAAACGACAAUGAAUACAAUAUGCGUAGAAUGAGCAAUCCCAUGGGCGUCAUGAGGAAGAAAGUGACGGACGACAGAGAGCGGCGGAGUCUCAUCAGAGCGCGGUCUGAAUCGAGCACGAACAACCCUGGCGUCACCGUCACCUCUGCCGCCGGCGAACCGGAGCUGGCCACCGACCAGGAUGUCACACCGGUAUUCGUGUACGUCUUGGCAUUUUUUUCUGCCCUGGGUGGCUUCCUUUUUGGCUAUGACACCGGGGUGGUCUCUGGGGCUAUGCUUCUCCUGAAAAAAGAAAUGCAUUUGACCGCUCUAUGGCAGGAGUUGUUGGUCUCCAGUACUGUGGGUGCAGCGGCGCUCUCUGCCCUGGCUGGCGGGACUCUGAAUGGGCUCUUCGGGCGCAGGAUCUGCAUACUAAUGGCCAGCUUCAUUUUUACUGCUGGAGGAGUUGUGUUAGGUGCUGCUCCAAACAAGGAGGUUCUUCUUGUCGGAAGGAUUACAGUUGGUUUGGGAAUAGGGAUUGCCUCCAUGACAGUUCCUGUUUACCUUGCGGAGGUCUCCCCACCACACCUGAGGGGUCAGCUGGUCACCACUUACACCCUCUUCAUCACAGCCGGACAGUUUAUUGCCAGUGUUGUGGACGGGGCCUUUACUUACCUGCACCACAACGGCUGGAGGUACAUGUUGGGUCUGUCCAUUGUUCCUGCGGUGCUCCAGUUCUUUGGUUUCCUAUUCCUGCCAGAGAGUCCCCGCUGGCUCCUUCAGAAGGGCCUUACCCAGCAGGCCAGGCAGGUGCUUAGCAGGAUCCGCGGGGGUCAGAACAUUGAAAAGGAGUAUGACAGUAUGAGGACCAACAUCGAGGAUGAGGAGAAGGAUGCAGGAGGUGGCCUAGUAUUGUGGCAUAUGCUGACUCACCCUCCCACCCGCAGAGCCCUGACCGUAGGCUGCGGCCUGCAGAUGUUCCAACAGCUCUCUGGGAUCAACACUGUCAUGUACUACAGCGCCACCAUCCUACAGAUGGCGGGAGUGAGGGACGACAAGCAGGCCAUCUGGUUGGCUUCCGCCACCGCUGCCACCAACUUCCUGUUCACCCUGGUGGGGGUGUGGCUUGUGGAAAGAGUCGGACGCAGGAAGCUUACGCUGGGGAGCUUAAUGGGUACUGCUUUGAGUCUGACGGUCUUGGCUAUAGGGUUCCUGUUGUCGGCCCAGCACUCCCCUGCAGUCACUCUCCAUCCCACUGACACCUCUCUCAACUCCACCUCCUGCACACUAUAUGGGUCCUGUCAGCCCUGCAUGUUGGAUCCUGACUGUGGGUUCUGUUACCGUGAGAAUGGUUCCACUGUAUACAACUCUUCCUGCAUACCUGUCAAUCAAACAUCGACCGAUGAAGCCGCCUGGGGCAGGUGUUCCAAUCUCAGCCAGGUCAGUGAUGGGUCUCUCUGGGCCUAUAACUACUGCCCCACUUCCUACUCCUGGAUAGUGCUGCUUGGGCUCAUCCUCUACCUGGCUUUCUUUGCUCCAGGUAUGGGGCCCAUGCCGUGGACAGUGAACAGUGAGAUCUACCCUCUGUGGGCCAGGAGCACUGGGAACGCCUGUUCAGCCGGAGUCAACUGGAUCUGUAACGUCCUGGUGUCACUCACCUUCCUCCACGUCGCUGAGUACCUCACCUACUAUGGUGCAUUCUUCCUCUACUCAGGCCUGAGUGUUCUGGGGCUGCUGUUUGUGAUGGGCUGUCUGCCAGAGACCCAGGGCCGCAGGCUGGAGGAGAUGGAGGCCCUGUUCUCCGGAAACCUCUGCUCCUGCAGUGCGUCUGACAGGGAUGGGGACGGAUCCAGAAACAUCCUGUACAACAGGGUAAAAGGGAGCGACAUCCUCUCAGACAAUGAUGCCUCGGAUAUGGAGUAGACGUGGCGCGUCAAGGAACCUCUCUCUCUCUCUCUCACACCUUCAUGUCCUUUGAUUGGUGGAUUUACAGGCAGUGGUGUUAAACUCACUUGACUGGGCCUUUAGCAUAGAGCAGCUCUCCUAACUGGCUGGUGGACGAGACUUCAACUCUCCUAACUGGCUGGUGGACGAGACUAAUUUUCUAGCCCCAUGGAGAGAGUUCAGCCAAGUGCACUAUGGAGUUAAAGCGUAGCAUAUAUAUAUAUAUAUAUAUAUACAUGGUACGCUUUAACUCCAUAGUUAAUAUAUAUAUAUAUAUAUAUAUAUAUAUAUAUAUAUAUAUAUAUAUAUUUUAUCAGUAUAUCAAAGCAGUAAACAUCACUGGAAUAUAACAUUACUAUUAUAAAAGUAUAGUAGUGUAUUCAUUUCCAAUGCUUAUAAAGUCCCACAAAUGUGUAGUAAUGCAUUUGUUUCUGUCCAUGGAUUUGGUAAUUUCUUUAGCUCCAGUAGUAGUAAGGUGGUACUAUCUGGAGAUAUGUGGCUUCUCAGCCAGGACCAAAGUUUUUUAUUUUUUUAUUGGCACACUAGCCUUAAUUUGUUUGAAUAUUUUGAUGACAUUACUAUAUUUAUUAAUCCUUUGCUACAGAUUGCACAUUGAUAAACCUAAUGAAAUUAACCUUUCCUUUCAGAAGUUUUGGGAUUCUUUUUUUGCCUUGCAUUCAAAUCAAUCAAAGUGCACAUGAUCAAAAGUCCUGUGGUGUUCCACGUGCUUGUUUUGGUGGAUUAUUAUGUCUGCUUGUCUUGGUGGAUUAUUAUGUCUGGGUGGAUUAUUAUGUCUGCUUGUCUUGGUGGAUUAUUACGUCUGCUUGUCUUGGUGGAUUAUUAUGUCUGCUUGUCUUGGUGGAUUAUUAUGUCUGCUUGUCUUGGUGGAUUAUUAUGUCUGCUUGUUUUGGUGGAUUAUUAUGUCUGCUUGUUUUGGUGGAUUAUUAUGUCUGCUUGUCUUGGUGGAUUAUUAUGUCUGCUUGUUUCAUACCUACUGUAUUUAUACAAAUUAAAGCCCACAUGCAUUUUUUGUAGGUUGGCAUGGCAAGUGUUUCCUAGUCAAAUUGAAUAGUUACUGUUGACUAUUUUUUAAGUAUGCUACUGACUCAGGAGUACCAUGUUUUUGAGAAAGUGAAAUAUUCUGUAGUCAAUGCACUUUAAUUUAAAGGGAAAUCAUUUAACUAGGCAAGUCAGUUAAGAACUAUUUCUUAUUUACAAUGACUGCCUAGGAACAGUUGGUUAACUGCCUUGUUCAGGGGUAGAAUGACAGAUUUUUACCUUGUCAGCUCUGGGAUUUGAUCUAGCAACCUUUCGGUUAUUGGUCCAAUGCUCUAACCACUAGGCUACCUGCUUUGUGAAUAAAGCAAAUUAGAAG